AUGGAGCAGUUUCAAGAGCAAAGUUCUUGGUUCCAACCAACUGAACAGGCCUUCCUCAGCAUCAUGAAAGUUAUUCCUUCAAUUCUACUAUGGGCCAUUACCUUCACAACCAUAACUAUGCCGACUUUUAUGUUUACCCUCUUUUCCACAAGUCUAACAUUCACUAUGAACGCAACCACUCUAAUGCUUAUAUUUCUUGCUAUCAUCUCUAUUGCCAGUUGGUUUGUUCGCUAUAGAUUUAUGAACAUGUACUCGCGACUCCCUCACGAACCACAAAGGUCAGAGCCCGUCAUAGGAUUGUAUCCUGACAUCCAAGAGGACGGCUCCAAAACAGGCUACUCUAACUACUUGGAUGAAUUUCUUAGCGCCAUCAAAAUAUUUGGCUACCUUGAGCGCCCCGUUUUUCAUGAACUCACGAGGUCCAUGCAAACAAGGAAGCUUUUUGCUGGAGAAACCUUAAACUUGGAAGAAGAGAAAGGAUUCUGUCUUGUUGUGGAUGGGCUAGUCAAAAUAUUUGUCAAGUCAUCUAGAGAGGAAUGUGAUGUUAGCUCAGGCUCCGAUGACUCUGACAAUGGGGAAACCCAUCAAGGAAACGCACAAGGAUACCAAUUGUUAACAGAAGUUAAAAACGGUGCCCCCAUGUCAUCCUUAUUCUCAAUCUUAUCACUCUUCACGGAAGAUGUUGAGUUAAAGUAUGAUGACGAGAAUAACACCGAAACCAGCCCAAAAAAUUAUUUACCCAAAAGUUUCCGAUCACCUACGUUUGCGCAUCCCAACUAUGAUGUCCCUUCAUUGGUAUCAACUAGUUCAAAUAUUCCUGGUCCUGAACAGAUGGAAGAGUCUGGGACGCGUAAGCGCAGAUCCUAUACAGUUGCAAGCUCGAUUCCUGAUGAUAAUAUCCCUCGAAUGACCUCUCUAUCUUUAGAUUUGACUAGUGAAGAAACAAAGUCAAAUCCGAAACCUAGAAGAGCUCAAACCAACUCUGCCCACCCUGAUAUAUUAGCUCAGGCGACGGUCGACACUACCAUUGCCAUAAUACCGGCAGCAGCAUUUUGUAGGCUGACUAGAGUGUACCCCAAAGCCACUGCACAUAUUGUUCAAGUUAUUCUGACAAGGUUACAAAGAGUAACACUUGCUACCGGUCAUUCGUAUCUAGGAUUAAAAAGUGAGGUGCUGCGUACAGAAAAGCAUAUGAGUAAAUAUACCAAUUCUGAAUUACCAAAUUUCCUGCGCGGUGUCGCGUUGGAUAGGCUAAGAGAGAAGUUCUUGCGAGAAAGUGAAAGAAUUGGUUCUGAAGAAGGCAGCAAGGGUAUUGCAUUACACAAUUCAAGACGAAGAUGUUCUAAUACAUAUCAACAAAAGGAUCCAAAUCCACAAGUUCCAUCAAGAAAUAGAAGUCCAAAUUCACAUACUUCCACUCCAAGCCUUUUUUCUGGCCGGGAAGGCGUUGUUAAUCCCAGUCCCGGGGAUUUACUUACGAACAUUCAAAUGGCUCGGAAUGCAGGUAGAGACCGCACUUCUAAUCUUAAUCAAGAAGCGCUACAUGGGGUCCAUAGCCGACCAGAAGUUUGGCAGCAUGAUAUCCAAAGCCCUCUAUCAGUGAAGUCGUUUCAUCCAUUUUGUAAGACCAGACAUCCUAGGAUAGAUCUGAAUAGACAAGACUCAAUAGACGAAGAUAGAAUACUUAGAGGCUCCAUAUUAGGAUGUAUUUUCAAAGCAAUUGGUCUAACCAACACUCACAAAGCUUUAAGGAUGACUGACUCCCUAGAAGAUUCUCCCAAAUUAGGGACGUGUGACCAAAAGCGACAAAAAGAUGGCUUUAGUAACAAUGCAUUUGGAAUCAUAGAUCCUUAUGAAGAAUCUAUUGAUGGAUACUCGGAACCUUCAUCCAGUGUGAACCCUGGAGAAGCUCAUGGCACGCAAGGACUGGCAAGUGAACUGAGAGACGAAAUAGAAAUUGUAUUUUUUCCCAAGGGAUCGGUACUCAUCGAACAAGGGGAAAGAAACUCAGGUAUUUAUUAUGUCAUAGAUGGAUUUCUAGAUGUCUCUGUUCCCAGUGACGAAAACUCUGAUCUCUCGGAAUCAGGCACAGCAAAUUUUGCAAAAGAUACUAAAAACUCUGUGAAUGAGACACUAGUCCAACUACCUCGUCCAAGAUUUAGUAUGUGGCGUGCACCUUCAAACGCUGGUGAGACAAAAAAAAGGAAAUCUUCCGUACACAAAAAGAUUGCUUUAAUAAGGCCUGGUGGGAUUGCCGGGUAUAUUGGUACCAUCUCAUCCUAUCGAUCUUUGAUUGAUGUUAUCGCUAAAACUGACGUUUACGUGGGCUUUCUACCCCAUUCAUCGUUGGAAGUGAUUGUUGAAAAGUAUCCAGUAGUUCUUCUCACCUUGGCAAAACGCCUAACUAGUCUCCUGCCACGACUUAUACUCCAUAUUGAUUUUGCUCUAGAAUGGGUACAGGUAAGCGCUGGUCAAGUCUUAUACCACCAAGAUGACGACAGUGAUGCAAUCUACAUUGUACUCAACGGCCGUCUUCGAUUAAUGAUGAAGAAUCGGGAUGGAAUGGAAAUUUUAGGAGAGUACGGGCAAGGAGAUAGUGUAGGCGAGCUCGAGGUAAUGACAGGAACUGCUCGACCAGCUACUUUACAUGCGAUCCGUGACACAGAGCUUGCCAAGUUCCCAAAGACACUAUUUGAUAGCUUAGCGCGAGAACAUCCAGGAAUUACCAUUAAAAUAUCAAAAAUUAUAGCCUCCCGAAUGCGGCACCUGGUUGAAGAUCCUGUCUUUAUUCAAAGUCGGAAAGAAAUAAAAAGCAUCGCAACAACCAAGGUUCCUUCAACGUUAAAUCUUCGGACUGUUGCCAUCUUACCAGUCACUGCAGGUGUACCCGUUGUGGAAUUCGCGAGCCGCCUAGCAAAUGCCCUGACUCAAAUUGGAGCGGCAAAUGGGGUGACAUCACUUAACCAAGCUGCAAUUCUAAACCACCUUGGAAGACAUGCCUUCAGCAGAAUGGGAAAACUAAAGCUCUCACAAUAUCUAGCUGAUCUAGAGGAUAAGUUUGGGCUCGUGCUUUACGUCGCAGACACAAACGUGAACUCUCCAUGGACACAGACGUGUAUUAGUCAGGCAGAUUGUAUACUCCUUGUAGGGCUGGCAGAAAGUUUUCCUGCGAUUGGUGAGUACGAACGUCUCUUAUUAGGUAUGAAAACUACUGCUAGAAAAGAACUUGUCUUGCUACACGCGGAUAGAUUUUUCUCUCCAGGUGUUACAAGAGCUUGGUUGCGCAAUCGCGCUUGGAUAAAUGGAGGUCACCAUCAUGUUCAAAUGGUUUUUCGCACCAGCUCUGUAUCCGCUCAUCCUGAAGUCAAAAAUUUCGGCUCGGUCUUGAAACAAGGUGUGCAGGUACUACAAGCCGAAAUACAAAAAUAUACGUCCCGUAAGGUCAGGCAAACUCCUUUUUACUCUGCAGAGACACCAUUCAAAGGAGAUUUUCAUAGAAUUGCCAGAAGAUUGUGCGGUAAAUCUGUUGGCCUUGUUCUUGGCGGUGGUGGAGCUCGUGGAAUAUCUCAGGUUGGAAUUAUACGAGCUCUAGAAGAAGCUGGUAUUCCUAUUGAUAUUGUUGGGGGUACUUCAAUCGGGUCAUUUAUCGGAGCAUUAUAUGCCCGUGAUGCAGACGUCGUUCCAAUGUAUGGUCGAGUCAAAAAGUUUGCAGGGCGCAUGACCAGUAUGUGGCGUUUUGCUCUGGAUCUCACUUAUCCUUCAGCAUCAUAUACAACUGGCCACGAGUUUAACCGUGGUAUAUUUAAGACAUUCGGUGAUACACAAAUUGAAGAUUUUUGGCUUGAGUUUUAUUGCAAUACGACUAAUAUUAGCAAAAGCCGGUCAGAAAUUCAUACUAGUGGCUAUGCUUGGAGAUAUGUCAGGGCAUCCAUGUCACUAGCUGGGCUACUACCGCCUCUCUGUGACGAAGGUAGCAUGCUUCUUGAUGGGGGCUACGUCGAUAACCUGACUGUUUCUCAUAUGAAAUCACUUGGGGCUGAUGUAAUCUUUGCUAUUGAUGUUGGUAGUUUGGAUGAUAAUACGCCGCAAAACUUUGGCGAUACGCUAUCUGGAUUUUGGGCGUUUGCAAAUCGAUGGAAUCCAUUUUCAUCGUUUCCCAAUCCUCCAACACUUGCUGAAAUACAAGCUCGUCUAGCCUAUGUUUCAAGUGUUGACGCUCUUGAAAGGGCAAAAAAUAUGCCUGGAUGCCACUACAUGAGGCCUCCUAUUGACCCCUAUGGAACACUAGACUUUGGAAAAUUUGAUGAAAUAUACCGAGUAGGCUACGAUUACGGCAAGAAUUACCUGGCUACAAUGAAAAAAGAAGGACUGUUGCCUUUGGUAGAUGAAACCGAGGAGAAGAAGGCUUUACGACGCACACUUGCUCCUCGUAGGGCAAGCAUAUAG